AUGGGUUACGAAUAUCACACAUCUUCUACGACACCGCCACCUCCUGGCUAUGGAUAUUAUUCACCACGAUAUUACACGACAUCUCCACCAAAGACGUCGGCGCACAAGCAUACUCGACGGGCCACGCAGGACUACUCUUAUCCUUCGACCAAGACAACAUCUUAUUACUACCCCGAUGCAUACGGCUAUUCCGGGUAUUCGCGAAAGCCUGAACAUGUAAGUUCGAGUGACCGAUACGCUCGGCAAGGGAAGGCAGAGUCCGGCGCAAGACGCGCAUCGACGACCUAUGUCUACUCGGAUGGCCGCUACUACGCCUACGUGACCGAAGACGAGAUCCCGCCGGCCUACUCGCGCGACCCGCGCAAGCACACGCCACCGCCGCAGUACUCCGAGGCUGAUGAAUAUCCUUACUNNACCAGCACUAUCAAUCCACCCCUCAGCCUCGGCCAGAACCCCAACCGACGAGAAAACAGAGAGCUGCUUCCUAUUCUACUCCAAGGCAAUCGGCACCUCGCGACCCACCGCCCCCAAACCUCGUCAGCAACAACAACCACCCCUAAACGCGCCACCGCCACCGACCGCGAUGCGCGCGCAGCUGGCAUCCCCGCCGGCUACAACUUCAAAAACUGGGAUCCGAAUGAAGAACCCAUCUUACUUCUCGGCAGCGUGUUUGACGCAAACAGUCUCGGAAAAUGGAUCUAUGAUUGGACAGUCGCUUUCCACGGCCCCUCAACCGCGUUUGCAGAAAUGGCAGGCGACCUCUGGCUCUCCCUCAUCCAACUAGCCGGCAAAAUCAAACGCGCCGAAGAAUCACUGCCCAAAAUCCGCCGCCGCGAUGACCGCGAACUGCUCGACGAUUUCCUGGACAGUGGCGAACGGCUGUGGGAAAGGUUUAACAAGCUACUAAAAGUGUGUGAGAAACACAUGCUCAAGACUGCAAAACGGGAGCGCGGGAGUGAAAAGCUGUACAUGGGAAACAAUUCUGGCAGAGAGUUUGUGGAGACGAUAUUUGGCAGGGACAGAGAGUUGGAGAGGACGGAGAAACUCACGACGGGGAUUCGGCUGUGGAGUAUGCGAUUUGAUGCCAAUUGUGAGGNNGAUGUGUUGAGGGCUUGUCGUUAG